GGGGGAGUGAGUAAAGGGCUUGGAUACGAAAGAGGCCCACCACAAAUAAUUAAGUAGUCUCCUAUUCCAAGUUGGAACAAUAUUAGACAAAAGAAGCAAAUCUAAUUCGUAGAAACUAAGCAAAGCAUCAGAUCACAUCCAGUGAUGGCGGAAUCAGGGCGGUGGUCGGUGCCGGAGAUGGGCGGAAUCCUAUCAAAUAAGAUCCCUAAGGACGAUCUCAAGCCUGGUGAUCACAUCUAUUCUUGGAGAAACGCUUACCUCUACGCUCAUCACGGUAUAUAUGUUGGCGAUGGUAUGGUUAUCCAUUUUACUCGAGCUGCAGGUCAAGAGAUUGGAACUGGAACAGUUUUAGACCGUUUCAUAUUCAGCUCAUCUCCUUCACAUCCCUCUGACUCCCCAUGUCCUAGAUGCGGUGAUCAAUCAAGGACCGAAGGUGUUAUCUCAUCAUGCCUGGAAUGUUUUCUUUCUGGGGGUGAACUCUAUCUUUUUCAGUAUGGUGUCUCCCCAGCUCUUUUUAUUGCUAAAACUCGAGGAGGAACAUGCACUCUUGCCCCUUCUGAUCCACCGGAGCACGUCCUUCACCGUGCUAAAUUCCUCCUUCAGAACGGUUUUGGGGCUUACAACAUAUUCAAGAACAACUGUGAGGAUUUUGCAAUCUACUGCAAGACCGGUUUGCUAGUCUUUACAAAUAUCAGUGUAGGCCGGAGUGGGCAGGCGUCAUCCUUUUUAGCUGCCACAACAGCUAUUGUUUCAUCACCACUGCGCUUUCUAACUACAGGCGUUUCUGGUCUGGCGGUUGUGGGUUAUGGUGUUUACUGUAUCAGCCGGUAUGUUUCUGAUAUUGGUGUACGUCGUGAUGUCAUGAAGAUCCCUGUUGAGAGACUUAUCCCAUGCCCUGACCUUCCAGAGUCUGAGCCUGCUGCUACUACUACUGAUACAUCAAAGGAAAAGGGGUCGUAGUUCUAUGUAAGUGGACUUCAUUUAUAUGGAUCUCAGGUAGGGUACUACAACAUACAUCAAUGUUGUAGGUGUUGUUGUCGUCAUUGCUUUUUGUGACACAGGUUUGGUUAUUAUUGAAACAUUGGUCAUUUUAACCGGCCUUGUGUUCAUUCUUCCAUCAAGUGAAUGCCUUGAUGUGAUUGUAAAUUGUUUAUGACAAUGUUCCAUGGUUUCGAAUGAAUGUAGUGUGUGUUAAAAAGAUGGUUAAUUAAAGCUGGAAAAAUCUCA